UAUAAUUGCAUCAAUCCGUUAAGGUCAUUCAGUUAAUGUUUUGUACUAAGGGUUGAACAGUUGCUAUGGUACUAUGUACCGAUUAUAUAAGGUCGAAAAUUGCGUUAAUUUCAACACAAAGGAGUAUUUAAAUUUGUGAGUUACAAAUGCGCCACCAUUCUACGAACAUAGUUUGGGAGGUACGUUACUCGCUUCGUAAAGCUAACAAAUAAUGCGCGAAUGCAUAUCUAUCCACGUCGGCCAAGCAGGCGUUCAAAUUGGAAACGCCUGUUGGGAGUUAUAUUGUCUUGAACAUGGAAUUCAACCUGAUGGUCAGAUGCCUUCUGAUAAAAGUAUUGGUGGAGGAGAUGACAGUUUUAAUACUUUCUUCAGUGAAACUGGAACCGGAAAGCAUGUACCAAGAGCGGUUUUCAUCGACCUAGAGCCAACUGUUGUAGAUGAAGUUCGCACUGGUACAUAUCGACAACUUUUCCACCCAGAACAGCUUAUCACUGGGAAAGAAGAUGCUGCAAAUAACUAUGCUAGAGGCCAUUAUACUAUUGGAAAGGAAAUCGUAGGUUUGGUAUUGGACCGUAUCCGAAAACUGGCAGAUCAAUGUGCAGGACUACAAGGUUUCUUGAUUUUCCAUUCUUUCGGAGGUGGAACUGGAUCAGGAUUUACUUCUCUUUUAAUGGAACGGUUGUCGCUUGAUUAUGGAAAAAAAUCCAAACUCGAGUUUGCCAUUUAUCCAGCACCUCAGGUUUCUACCGCAGUAGUCGAACCUUAUAAUUCGAUUCUAACUACACACGCAAAUCUUGAGCACUCAGAUUGUGCAUUCAUGGUAGAUAAUGAAGCCAUUUAUGAUAUUUGCAGACGUAAUCUGGAUAUUGAAAGACCGUCUUAUACAAAUUUGAACAGACUUAUAGGUCAAAUAGUGUCGUCGAUCACAGCAUCGCUAAGAUUCGAUGGAGCUUUAAAUGUUGAUCUUGCAGAAUUUCAAACAAAUUUAGUUCCCUAUCCAAGAAUUCAUUUUCCUUUGGUCACUUACGCACCAGUUAUUUCUGCAGAAAAGGCGUACCAUGAACAACUAUCGGUCGCCGAAAUAACUAACGCUUGCUUUGACCCGGCUAAUCAAAUGGUCAAAUGCGAGCUACGCCACGGCAAAUACAUGGCAUGUUGCAUGCUUUACAGAGGCGAUGUCGUUCCCAAAGAUGUAAACGCUGCGAUUGCUGCAAUUAAAACGAAAAGGUCUAUUCAAUUUGUGGAUUGGUGUCCAACUGGAUUUAAAGUUGGAAUCAACUAUCAACCUCCGACCGUUGUGCCAGGGGGAGAUCUGGCUAAAGUACAACGAGCAGUAUGCAUGCUUUCGAAUACAACUGCUAUUGCGGAAGCUUGGGCAAGGUUGGAUCACAAAUUCGAUUUGAUGUAUGCAAAACGCGCGUUUGUGCAUUGGUACGUCGGCGAAGGUAUGGAGGAAGGAGAGUUUUCCGAGGCUCGUGAAGAUUUGGCUGCCCUUGAGAAAGAUUACGAGGAGGUCGGCAUGGAAUACGAUGAAGGAGAAGGAGCAGACGAGUAUUAAAACGUGCGGCUCACGGUCAAAGU